UGGUACCAGAUUUUAAAAGUUCAUAUAAGCAGCCCUGUCCUACUUUAGAUUUCUUUCAUUGUUUCUAUGUACUAUGCGAUAGUGUAGCACAGUGAAACGCCGGUUGCCUUUAUCUACUUACCCGCCUUGAGCACGUCAGUAAUAGGAGCGGUUUCAUAGAGUUGCAGUUAAUCGGAUUCAGAAAUGGAUGACAGAAUGGCAUAUUUUAAACCUGCAGGAUUAACCGACAAUAUAGCCACCAAUUCUAACAGAAAAGUAGAAAAGGAGUACAAGCUAUAUGUAAAAAACAUACCAGUAGAACUUGAUGAGGUUGGCUUGAGAGAUGUAUUUAAGCGAUAUGGAGCUGUCACUAGUAUAUUAAACCUUCCUAACUCAGAUUGGGCCUAUAUAACAUAUGGCACCUAUCGAGAGGCAGAGAAUGCUAUUAGAAAUCUUAAUGCAUCGAGUCCUCUACAUUUAAAAGUGAGUUUUGCAUUAGAGAGAAGAGACAACCGACAAUCCCAGCAAAAAGCAGAAAUUCCAGAAGGAGAGUUUAGUGCAAUCAAGAAAGAUGGUAAUAUAGACGACAGCGAACGAUUGAAUGAUUCAGAGCCUCGUUAUAGAUAUCCAAAUGGGCCAGGAGUGAACUAUGGAACCCGUGGAAACACAUUACAGUCACUGAUUAAUACCAAUAUACCUCCUCGUGUUCCAAUUCACUCAUACUGUACCGAAGAUGACUUACUGUAUGUGCCAUUUGCUGACCCGCGCAUGUACAAUCCUUACGAGAAUGCAGAACCUUUCUCAGAUACAAAUACAUUAUGGACAAGUGGUCACCGUGCAUAUACACGUGAUGGGAAAAGACUAGUUUCUCUGGGACGUGGCUAUACUUGUUACGACAUCCCAAGUCGACCUGCAGUAAGAGACCAGAUUUCCAAAGUCUAUGAAAAACGUCUUGCGGCUUUGUAUGAAUAUGGAGAAAAUAAGUUAAAAGAUGACAUUGGCAAUUGUCAGUAUUGUUCUAAAACUGGCAGGUGUAAGUGUCAGAGGUGUCUUGGAUUCUACUGUGACAGAGAAUGUCAAGCUGCAGAUUGGCCUCGUCAUAAAUUCAUAUGUCAAGAAAUGCCAUCUUUAAUAAAAGCAGCCGAACCUUUAUCCCAUUCCAAUAAUGAGGACGUUCGAGGUAACUCAAGAGUAACUAAGUACGAAGGAGCUCUCCGUCGACCAAAGUCUCAGGUUGACGCGGUGGCCGAAGAAGGUAACAAAACGUCUGUAACAGACGUAAAGAUUAUUAAUUCAUCAGAGGAUGUGAGAGAAGUUCCUUCUCCAAAACAAAACAAACAACAUGAUCAAGAACAACGAAAUAACACGGAAGAAGUGGCUAUCCCUGAAUCGGUAGAAUAUACAGGAUCUAAUAAUUCGCAUAACAAGAACUUCAAAUCGAAUUUACGAAACUCGAAAGGAAAUUACAGCCCUGCGCAACAUAAUAAUAUUCGUCCUCAAGAUAGAACUAACAAGCAACAAGAUUCUCCUUCAGCUACACAUGGAAAGCAAAAUAAUCGGAGUGAGUUUGGCUCGAUUAAUGAAUCGGAUAACUCAAGGUUUAAUACAAAUCGUCAAAUGUCGGGGGAUUCACGAUAUAACAAUCGUUAUUCCUCUGAAGAUUCUAGAAGUACUGGUGCCGGAAAGGGGUUUCCGUCUGUUAAUAAGAAAAGAAAUGAUAAUCGAUCAGAAGUUAACAUCGUUCCAAAGACUCCAGUCCCAAAUUCAGAAGAUUCAAACGCUCAGUCGGAUUUUAUUAAGACGGAUAAAGGGUUUUCUUUUCAGAAAGAUGAUUUUCUUUCCAAAAAUAAAUUUACUGAUCUUAAGAUCGUGUUCCGAGAGGCAGAUGGGAUUUACUGGGCUCAGAAAAUUGAAAAUGAGAAUGAUCUCAUACAGAUGAUGAGAGAACUAAACGAUCUGGCAGCUAAAAAUAAUUUGCCAACUGUCGAACGACCAGUUUCCGGAAAUAUCUAUGCUGCGAAAUUUGACGGUGUUUGGCAUAGGGUUUUAUUAAAAUGCGUAAAGCCUGCAAAAGUGCUUUACAUUGACUAUGGUAACGAGGAACAUGUUGACUUAAAGGAAUUACUAGAAUUAGAAAAGUAUUGUAAACAAUCAUAUUUUGCCAGGAAGAUCAAGGUUGCAGACGAUUCAUCCGAGAAAUAUAAAAUGCUUCAGGUUGAUGAUAUGCUAUCGGUUAAAAUGUUUAAAGUAGAUGACGAUGGAGCUAUUGUUGUACAAGUUCGAGGGGACCAGAAUGAAAAUCCUUUUGCACCUUUGAACGUUCUGCCAAUAAAUGUUAGUAAUAAAACGCAGACUGAACGAUUUGCUGAACAAACGAUAUCAAACAAUCAACACAAAAAAAUGGAAAACUCAAUUGACGUCUCGUCAAAGAAGCUACAGAGUAUCGUAGAAUUACUUAUGCCUGGCACCGAUGGAAUGCUAGAAAUUCAUGCCCAGUUACAAUCGAAUAUAUUCGCUGCUACUGCGAUAACAAAUUCCUUGGUGGACCUUUUCGUACAGAUCUUACAAGAAUUUCCUGAGGUCUGCAAUAAAAUGCCUAGAGAUUCUUCGUUUAGUCCAAAAGUGGGCGAUUUGAUUUGUGGGGAAAGGGGAACAGGAGAUUGGCUUCGAGGAUAUGUUGUAAACUUAGGACCCCCAUUGAGAUUAGCGGCAAUCGAUGAGGGCCGAGUAGAAGUCGUUGACGAUAUUAGACGGAUUGAUAAGAAAUUUGCCAAUAUUUGCACUUUUGGGGUAACUUGCGAAUUAUUAGAUACUGCACACACUUUAAAGCCACGGGACAAAUCUGAAUUCACCGUGAUCAGCUGUGAUAAGACAGAUGCAGGUGUCAAUGUUAAAAUAAUGAUUACUACUGCAGAUGAUGCACGCUAUAAAGCUGUAUUAAGAUAUUGGAAACCCAUGGCGGAACAAAAGGGUGUACCUUACUCUUCUUUAAGUAGUGGCUCGGAGGUUUGUCUCACUACGUAUCGUAGUCAGAGUCUCAUGUAUGCGCGCAGUCUUAAAUUGGACGAUCUAAAGUAUUACCACAAAGUCAUACAUGAAGUUGCAAAAGCAAGCAGGACGGCUCAUCCAUUGUCUACGCCUCCUGUUGUUGGGCAGAUGGUUAUCGCAAAAUAUAUAGAUGACAAUUUCUAUCGUGCUAUCGUAACUGAGGUACAAGGUGAAAAAAUCGGUGUUUCGUACGUUGAUUAUGGAAAUGUUGACUAUACCACCUUGAACAAACUUAAGAUACUUCCUGAUUCAUUGAAAGAGUACAAUUGUUGCACUUCAAAAAUUGUACUGAAAGAUGUCCUCGUUGAUGCUCCAAUGACGAAAGAGGCAAAUACAUUCCUUACACAAUUGGUGGCUGAAGAGACAGCCUUAAUUUGCAAUUUUGAAGGUUUGCCAACUGUUCAAGGCGUCGAACUGAAACUGCCUGUUACCGGGGAAUCUAUUAAUGAGAAAAUCAAUCGGUUGUUGAUACCCAAUUGGAAGAAGAGGACAGAGGAAGACAAGAAAUGUUAUAUGUUAGAAGACAUGGAAAUAAUGUCUUUGGGACAAGUAGGUGAAAUCGUAUCCACUUUGGUACUGCAUACUGUUUCUGAUGGUUUUAGAUACAUAAUGUGUCCUUACGAUAGAGAAGCUUUAGGCCACACAUGCAGUGUUAUGCCGAGAUUGAUGGAAGAGUAUUGUAAAAACCAAAAAGAACAUUACAUUCCACGGAACGGAGAGCUUUGUAUUGCUCCAUACGAGGGCUGCAUGUAUCGCGCCGCAUGUAUAGAUCAAUCAGGUUCUAAUUCGACGAAAAAAACCUGUACCAUUUUAUUUGUGGAUUUUGGAAAUAUCGAAGAAGUAAAUUAUACCGAUAUUAGAGUCUUUUCAGAAGAUUUCUUAUCUCCACCAGCCCUUGGCAUCGUCUGCACAGUUGUCGAUUUCUGCUCCGUCGACAGUGAAGGAGAAAUUCCAGCGAAGAUAGUCAACCGAAUAAAGGAAUUAGUCGUUGUGGACCAGCCUACGAAAGUAAAAAUUAUAAAAUGUAAUGCAAAUGGUGAUUACCUCGUGUCACUUCCAGAGGUCAAAAAGAUUUUAACCGAAGAAGGUUUACUACCUGCAUAGUAUACGAUGGAAACUAUGAAACAUCAAGGAACUGAAGCCCGAAAUGCUCGAAUUAAACGACUUCUUAAGAUAUUAACAUAGAGCACUUCAGUGCGAUGACCAAAUGAAACUUGUCUAUUUGUUUACAACACUUUUAUUGCUAAAACUAAUAGUUUCUUUUACAUGCCACUUAGUAAAAGUCUUGGUAUGUUAGAUAUGUGUAUACUAUAAAUGAGGUAUUCUAACGGUUAUUUUUUUCAUUGCUCAAACUUGAUUAAUAAAUGCGUUUUUAUGAUUUGACCAAGUAUUAUUCGACAUUUUGUUCUAAAAUAACAUAUUCCAAUCGUAUGAUACAAAGACUCAUUAUAUAUAAGUGUACAGGGAUUUCAUCGGGAUUAAAAAACCUUACACUUAUAAAUUAUAAUCGAAGGUAAUGGCUCCUAAGAUGGUCAAUCCUUUUUAUUUGUUUUUUUACUGGAUUCAUAAUAUUUUAGUUUGUACGUUAAUAAAGACGAAAUGACACAA